GUUUAAUCUCCAAUCAUCCGGGCCGCCCCUAAACUCGGCGCCUUUUCGGGCGCAGCCGGGGAAAUGGGAGAUGGUCCCUAGCUGGGCAGCCCCCUCCUAUGGCAGGUCUCUGAUUCAGAGGUUAGGAAUUUGCAUCUGAUUGCUAUUUGUCACCCAAUGAUUUGUCUGCAGCCAGCCAUGAGCACGCCUUAGGCAGCAGGGGGAGGGGAAGGGGCCAGGGCUUGCAUUGCCUGCAAUGAGAAAUUUACCAAUCAGGCCAGAUAGGGGUGCAUUAAAACAAACACAAUUAAAAGAGAGAUACCGAAAAAAGAAAAAGAAACCCGGCGCGGCCCGGUUACUCCGCAGCGAGGUGGAGCAGCUGCCGGGGGACUCGCGGGCGGCGAUGGAGCGCCCCAGCGGAGCGGCUGCCCAGGGUAAGCACAGCUCCCUUUCCAGGGGGGUCCCGCCGGCUGAAAUCUCCAGCGCUGGGAAGAGGCGAAGGUUUGCGCAGACACCUGGAUGAAGCGGAAUUGGCCAAGGACUAGCGGGAUCCAGCCCUACCACUGCAGCAGAGCCAGAGGAAGGAAGGAGGCUGCAGUCCAGCCUGGGGAAGUGCCUGUCGAGCUAAGGGGCGUGCAAUGUCCAGGACUGCACUGGCUGCCUGCUGAGCCGGAGGGGCAUCGGCCCUGAGGUGUUUUGUUUGCAGAGACUAACAAGCCCUGGAGCAGAGGCUUGCAACCAGCUGAUUGCUCAGAGGGUCCCAUCCCUGGUCCCCAGGGAAACAUUCUGGUGUCCUCAGGGUGUCGGCCCCUCGAUGCAAAGCAGCCCCUAGUGUAGCGCCUUGGUGCCCGCAUCCCCCAGUGCAGCGUGUCUGCUUUUCCCCCAAGGCAUUGCACCGUACUCCCUCAGGGGUGUUGUAACCCACCUCCUCCCAGGGUACCAGAUACCUCCCAGUCCAGGGCUUUCUGCCCUCUUAGGAACUUCCCGGCCAGCUCCCCUGGGGCACUGCACCCCACAGGGCGUUGUCCUCCAGAUACCCCUCCCCUCCAGGACAUUGCAUCCUCAACUCCAGGGCAUUGCACCCCAGGUGCAUUGCCCGCCAACUCCGCCAGGGAGCUGCCCCCGGCUGGCAGAGCCAUGAAGCUGCAGGCGGUGAUGGAGAACCUGCAGCGGCAGCAGCGGGCGCGGCUGCAGCAGGAGCUGGAGGCGCAGCAGCAGGAGCAGCAGCGCUCCACACCUCCCCCGCCAGCACUGCCCCCUCCGCCGCCCUCCGGACAGAACGUUGCCCUCCCUGCUGGGGCCUCGCAGUUGGCCCGUGGCCGCAGCCAGGACCCCGCCCCACCCGAGGAGGGGGUGGAGCUUGAGAGCGCCCGCAUCCAGCGCGCCCAGAUGGCUGCCCUGGCUGCUAUGCGGGCAGCGGCUGCUGGACUCAGCCACUCACCCAGCCCGGGAAUGUCCGAUGAGAGCCAGGCCUCAGAGGAGGACGAAGAGGAAGAGCAGGGGGAGGAGGAGGAGGAGGAUGGCAGGUACCAGCAGGAGAUGGGCUCGGAGGAAGAGGAGGAGCUGAAGCGCAAAUGGGAUGAAGAUGACUUCGAAGAGGACAUGGAGGAGGAAGAGGAAGAAGAAGAAGAGGAGGAGGAGGACGAUUAUGAAGAGGAUGAAGAAAUGGGGGAGGAUGGAGGGCUGGGCUCCACAGAAGCGGUGAGAUCUGGGCCGGGAUCUCUGCUUCUUCGCAAGCCGCAGGCCCCCCAGCAGUACCGAGGCGAGCCACAGAGGCUGCCGGGGGGCCAGGAGCGGCUGUCGUCUGGAUUGAGCCAUCAGGGACACUUGCAGCUACAGCAGCAGGCUCCAGACCACGGAGACUGGACUUACGAGGAGCAGUUCAAGCAACUGUACGAGCUGGAUGGGGAUCCCAAGAGGAAAGAAUUCCUGGACGACCUCUUCAGCUUUAUGCAGAAGCGAGGGACCCCCGUCAACCGAAUCCCCAUCAUGGCCAAGCAGGUGCUGGAUCUUUACAUGCUGUACGUGCUGGUGACCGAGAAGGGGGGCCUGGUGGAAGUGAUCAACAAGAAGCUGUGGCGGGAGAUCACCAAAGGGCUCAACCUGCCCACCUCCAUCACCAGCGCUGCCUUCACGCUCCGCACUCAAUACAUGAAGUACCUGUACCCCUACGAGUGCGAGAAGCGAGGGCUCAGCAACCCCAACGAGCUGCAGGCCGCCAUCGACAGCAACCGGCGAGAGGGCCGCCGGCAGGGCUUCGGGGGCUCCCUCUUCACCUACUCCCCCAGCGGCACCCCCAGCCUGCUCUCCUCCCCCAAGCUGCAAGUGCCUGGCCUGGGGCUGGCGGCCACCAACGGCGGCCCCAUCGGCCCCGGGCAAAAGAUAAAGAAAGAAGAGGACUCGCCCAUGCCAAUCACUAUGCCCAGCCGACUCCCUGUGGCCCUGGCUGGCCACCCAGUGGUAGCAGUCCAGGCAGCGGCCGUGCAGGCGGCCGCAGCUCAGGCAGCGGUGGCCGCUCAGGCCGCGGCCCUGGAGCAGCUGAGAGAGAAGCUGGAGUCCGGGGAGCCUCCGGAGAAGAAGAUGGCUCUGGUGACGGAUGAGCAGCAGAGGCUGAUGCAACGGGCCAUCCAGCAGAACCUCCUGGCCAUGACGGCGCAGCUACCCAUGAGCAUCCGCAUUAACAGCCAAGGGACCCGCUCGCCAGAAAACCGUCAGGACUCCGGCAUGAGCCUGACCAGCAACGGCACAAACAGCAUCAGCAUGUCAGUGGAGAUCAACGGCAUCGUCUAUACAGGUGUGUUGUUCGCACAGACCCCCGGCCCCUCGUCCUCCUCGCUCCCUUCCUCCGCCUACAGCAAAGGAAACAGCGGCAGCCGGAGCAGCAGCAGCAGCGGUGUGGGGGGCAGCAGCGGCGUCUCCCAGGCUGCCCCGGCUGCUUCGUCCGCCCCUCCAACCUCUACCUCUAAUAACUCUUCUUCGCCUUAGCCCCCCCUCCCCCAACGGCAGCGCCUCAUCUCACCAAAAGACAAAAAAAAUAAAAAUAAACCCACACGUGGAGCUUCUAUCACAGCUGAUGCCAAAAACCAAGCUUGCAUCUGGCUUUCCCGGGGGGUGGGGGGAGGAAGCCCUGUCUCCCCCUCCUCCUGAGAGGACUGGAGAAAGUUUUGCAAGGAGAAAAGCUUUAAUCCAGGGGGUUUCAUUAAAAGCAGCCUGGACUCUGAGCCAGUCAUUACCCGGUAGCUUUGGAGGUGAUGCAUCGUCCUCCCGGAACGCUUUACCUCACAGACACCCCACUUUGCACUGUGCGUUUGUUUGUUUUUAAUGUUGUUGUUUGAAGUUGUGUUCUUUUGGAUACCUCCAGACAGACACACAGUCGCACCGACGCCCACGGGCUUGUGUUUUUAAUGAAACCUCCCCACCUUUCGUUUCUUUUCUUUUUUUUUUAAACGGAAAACAAAAUUUGCAAAAGCGGGAGGAAUUUUAAUCCUUUAAAUCUUUUUAAUUUUAAGAACUACACUCGGCAUUUUACGAGGUGGUUAUUUGGAUCUCUCUCUUUUUUUUUUUUUUUUGUAAAUAGCUUCUAUUUUAUUCUCUAAAAAAGAAAUCAAACUUUAACUCUCAAAAAUGCUAUAUAUUAGUGUUCGUUCAGGGAAACAGGACUUGGAAACCUUGUAACCUCUUUUUCUUUUUUUCUUGUCGUCGUCUGAUGUUGAUCUUUGGUCGAGUUUGAGCCGCGCGACUUUCUUUCGAACGCUGGUGACGCCCGAGGUUCGGGAGAGAGCCAGGGUGACCCCACCGAACGAGCUCAGGGGCUUACCCUGAAUCUGUGUUACAACUGAUGCUGCACCAUUGAGGGUCCUGCUUGCAGCUGCCUGCAGUUACCUGCAACUUGGCGUCAACACAAGGGACCGGCCGGCCUGUUACACUUGGUCUGUUUGGUAUUUUUCUCGUGUGUUUGUUUAAUUUCUCGGUGGAGGAAAUUAACGUCGAUGACUCCUCUGCUUCCCCACCCCAUCCCCUCCCAGGGAACCCUGUUCCCAGGGGCUUACAGUACAAUUCUCUCCCUGUAAUUAGGUCCAGGGAGCAUAAUUUAAUGAGCUCUGUGCUGUGUGCCAUGUUCCUGAUGUGAGCGUGGGGGCGGGGUUAUUCUGGAGGAGAAACUCCAUUUUAGAGACAAUCGAGGGCUUGUUGCAGAAUUCAUCUGUCCAGCUGGGAAGUCUCCUGCAAGGUGCUGAGUGCCGUUAACUCCCACCGAAGCAGCUGCGUGUUGAACGUGCCCAGCACGUCUCAGGAUCGGGCCUUAAGCGUGUGUCCUGCUGUAGCCAUGUGUUUCCUCUGCCCUGUCCUGUGACACCAGAGCAUCCUUACCUGCAUAAUAGCCCCGGCCCAUAAAGGGCCUGAUUCUGAUUCUCGGCUGCUGUUAUUUGCAGCAGCCAGAGGGUGGGCGUGAAGCGAAAGUGCUUUUGCACUGGUGCGAACAUCUGCGCAAAGGGCAAAGCAAUGGAAUGGAGACGCAAAGCCUCCCAGCUUGGCCUCUCUUGCAAACAACGGGGGUGGGGCGCUCUGGAUUUUUUUUUAACGACAUCUUUUCCUGCUGAUUUUUGUGCUUUUUCAUUUGAUAAACCGGCUCCCAACCUCCCCAGCCUGUUUUUCUAGUCACAAGCCGCUCUGACUGCCUCCAGCUCCCUGACCCUGCAUUCUACCAGCAGCUACCAGCCAGAUAGCUCACUGCUCUGCUGGAAACCAGCACAGAGAAUCUGAUCUAAAGGCAAUACUAUAAUAUAGAAUCCAGACUGUACACGUGCCCUCUCUGCCCCCGUCCCACUACCUCCGCCCUCCCUGCUUCUUUCGCCAGAUUCUAGAUACUUGUCACACCUCAUCAUCUGCUCAGGGCUGAAACAGCAACCUGGUUCUUCGUAGGUUUCUUUUUCUUUUCUUUGGACAGGUGAAGAAAAUAACCAGAAAAAUCAGGUGUACUAGAUAAAAGUCAGUGAGGUUCCUGCGGUGUCGUGGGCGAAAAGCAGAUGUAAGGACUAGAUAUUUUCAGAAGGGCUCAGUGCUCUUUAGCGGCACUGCAACAAGUGGGCAGAUUUUCAAAGGAAUCCAGCAGGCUGGGCCGUGAGCGGUUUGUGAAAACUGAGCUGAGGUGUCACAACAGGAGCUGAGCACUCAUGCUGUUCUAGCCCCAGUGGCGGGCAUUGAGCAUUUGAAAAUAUGGCCCCACACUCCAAGAUUUUUACACCUCAGGCCUUUGGUGAUGCCUGUGCUGCUAGGCGGACGAGGGUGGGAGCGCUGCCUUGAAGUAUAUUGUUGCAGUGAUAUUUUUAGAAUGUGCACUGGGAUUGUUUUUUUUUAAUCUCCAUAGUGAAUGUUAAAGAGACACCAUGGGCUCGCCGCAUUUCUGUCUGAACAAGUUCCCCUGGCAUUGCUGCAGCUAACCUGAUGCUCCCUGAAGGAGAUUAGAGACAGGACAAAAUCCCUCUGGGUUAUUUUUAUUUUGUUUCCCUCUGUGCAUCUGACAGCGCGUUGUGUGUGGUCAGUUUCACUGUUUUUCCCCCUCUACGGGGCCUGAGCCAAAGCCCACUUCAGUUUCCACUGACUUUGGUCAAGCCCCUAGCACCUCAGUUUCCCUUCCUCAGAGUGGAUCUUAAGGGGAUUGUGAAAGCAGGGAAAUUGGCAGAGGGACUGCAGAGCAGGUGCAAAACCCUCUGCUGCCUCCAGGUCAUUGAAAUUGACAAGAUCUCAAGCUGAUUGGGUCCCUCCGUAAACGGUCCCUUAAAGCUCCCCUGAGUGGCUGCCCGAAACCAAUGGUCACUGAACCCAGGUAUUCGUGCCAGCAGAUGCAUCUCCCGUCUAACUGGGAUCUAGCCAGGAACACCCUCUCGUGGAAACAGCAGGAUGGUCGUGACCCCUAGGUUUUGUCAUAUACGGUGAUUCUUCCUCUGGGGGUGGGGCGGGGAAUAUUGAAGCCGUAACACAUUUUCUCGGCCAGGACAGUUUGUGCCAAUAUCAUUAUGGCAGUUAGGAGUGUGACUUUUUACCAUUAUAGCUAUACCAGUACAGCUCCUAGUGCAGCUACAGGAAAGCCAGUAUAAAGAUGACUUAUACCAGUAGAGCUGUUUCCCUUCUCCUACAGCAAGAGCACCUUUCUACCUGUGUAACUGCGUCCCCACUAGUGGGGUUAUGCUGCUUUAACUAUACCUGUCUACCUGGGGAGGGAGGAGCCAUGAAGCUGCUUAACCGUGAUUCAGAAAGAGGCUGGAUUUAAUCCUGUUAAAUGUUAAAAGCCGUCUCCCAGGCUCUCUGGUUCAAGCGUUAAUCAGCUUUGUCACGCACAGGGAGAGGGCACCCUCUGGAGCGGAGUGGAGAUUUGUCCUCUUUCCGGCCUUAGACUUGAGAGUGGGCUCCUCUCUUUUCCCUGGGGAAAUGUGACCACUACGGUGCAUGUAUCAGCUUUGCAGGGUACAUACCUGGGAUGCACAGGGUCCUGUUGAGCCCUGGUAUAAGUGGGUGCAGCCUCUGUUGAUUUCAGUGGACUUGGCAUUUGCUUAGGCCACGGCUGACGCUGGUCUCCAGUGCCUGCCGUGGAAGAAAAGCGGCUGCUCCUGGACAGUGGGAAAGCACCUUUGUGAGUGUUGUGAGCUGUGUUCCGCUAAGUGGGAUGCUGAGCCAGCCAGACGGGAAUGCUGGCGGUUCCCUGUUCCCAACUAAACAGGCCUGGAUCUGCUCCAUUACACCCCUGCAUGCCCAGCCACGGGGCCUCAUUGCUCAGCUGUGGACCCGUUUUGCAAUCCUGGGCAUCCUCCCUGCCUGUUGGUCGCACACAUGCCAGGAACCCCCCAGUAAACAGCAGGGCCUGGCUUGGCUACUCCUUGAUUUCCCUGAUUGCCGAGAUCCUGGGAGGAGGUUGUGCCUUUCCGGGAGGUGCCCAGGCUUCUCAGGUGGCUGAAGGCAUCUUGGCCUCCCGGAGAAUCUGGCUAGAAAGGCGCUCUCUGUUCAGACUUGUCACUCAAGUGCCCCUUUGACCUUAGAGGCCAGGGGACGUGUAUCCUCAUCAAGCCGCUCCCCUCUGUUCCGUCCAGCCCGGCUGCUGCAUCUUUUCUUUUUAACCCGGCAGCUGUUUUGUAUUUAAAAAACCUCUCACCGAUCUCUAGAUUAAGGAUGCUGCGGUAGCUCCUUCUGGAGCACCCGGGAUCAAACCCACUGACGCCAACUCUCCCAUUGACUCCGAGCGAGCCAGAUUGAUGUGCCUUUGCCCAGCCUGCUGCCAAGUUGCUUGUAGAUGCACUCAGUGGCAAUUAGCAUCUCACUCCCUGGCCCCUUCUCCCCCCAUGGCACUGCUGCCAGAUUCCUGGCAUGACAGUUCCUCCUUAGGCAGCACAGCGACAAGUCAGACCUCCGGUGGCUUCUAUACCAAGAGCCAGGUGGGCAUGAUCUCCAAGGGGCGACCUUUUUAAUGCCCUAUAGGCAGCUCCUGCAGAGAAUCCAAGCUAGCGUCCAUCUCUCUCUGCCGCCGCUCAAGGGGGGGAGAAUAUGGAAGCAAGGGGAUCUGGUGAGCGAGGACCAGCGGUCGCAGCAGGCCGCUGGCGAUACAAGCUCCCAUCAUGGAGAAAGCAGGGUGUUUAUAGAGGGAGGGCUCACUCGACUUCCUCAGCCAGCCGCCAGAAUCCACUGAAGUCAACGGCACAGCUCCCACUGACUUCAGGGGGCUUUGGAUGGAGCCUGGUGCCACUUGUGAUUAUAGAUAGCUAGAUCUGUACUUUAACAGACUGUUUCCGAAUGCUCCCCUCUUGUCCUGUGCAGAGCACAGAAAGUUACGGCCCUUUGCCCCAUUGCCAUUUUCCUUCCCUGCCUGCUAGCCCCAAACGCCUUCUGUUUCCUUUUGCUGCGUCCUGGCUUUGGAAGCCUCCCUGGGAUGCUGCCCUCAGAGCUCCGUUUUCAUGGAGCCUGGGCAGCUUUGAAAGGGGAACGGCAAAGCUAAAGUGAAAAGUGGAGCUCAGCCCAGAGAUAGGAGCUGGCUGCCCCCCACUAGCCGGCACAGUAACACGGGGUUUCAUCCCUCCUGCAGACACUUCCUGGGUCUUGCCUCAGUCUGCCCCGAGUCACCAGAGCCCUUUGAUGUGCUUGGCUGAAUCGGGGGCUGUGUGUGUUUGCUGGCGUCCGAUGUCACAGAGCGAUGCAGCCUCGAGCGAACCAAGAACCACCCCUGCAGCCUGACAAACGGGACCGAUUUCUAGCCUCCGUUCAGUUCCCCUUUCCGCUGGGCAGUUCGCCCUUUACGCUUCUGCCGUGGAAUUGACUCUGCACGCCGGGACCAGCAACCCUGCUAUCCCGCAGCCUACGUUCAGUAUGCAACUCAGGCGAGAUCAAAGAUCCCGAAACCCUCUCUCGGUAGUUAGAUAAAACGAAGGGUUUUCCCCUCUCCCACCUCCUCACUGCCAAAGCCUGUAGCUACAGAAGUCUCAUGGGCACAGACUGUACGUCUGACUUCAUCACUGAGGGGAUCUGUGGCUGUUCUCUGCCCGUGUUGGGUGCAGGACCAGUGAGGGGGCAGCUCUGUUCUCCAGACGUCCCAGCCAGUCAGGGCCUUGAGGCUUGGCUCUGUGCCUGGCCUGGAAACGUAACCUCUCUCAGAACGAAUGCGUUGCUCGCCUUGGAUAAGGAGCCUUAGAAAGCGGGGUGGGUUGGGGGGGGGGGAAAUUCUAUAUCAAAUUCUAUAUCUCGUGUGUGUUUUGAGUGUGUGUAUAAAGCAAAACCAACCAACCUUCGGGGUAAAAUGUGUUUCUUAUGCAAUCUGGGCUCUCGGAGCAAGAGCAGGAUUGUAACUCAGGGGAAAAAGACCCGCUGUCUGGAUCUGAUUGUACUGGGUACUGGGGGGAGGGAGAAGGGGCAGGGCAGGAUUUGCUUGCUGUGUCAUUUAUUUUAAGUUCCAGUUAUUUGGGGGGCAUUUUGGAGGGGGGGGGGAGGUGUGAUUUCUUAGCCCUGAUUUUUUAUCCAGGAGAAACUUGCCUUAAAGUUGCCCAGCACGGCGGGUGGGUGACCUGGGUUUCUCCCCAGCGCUGGCUCCGUAGGAGAGGCAGCUUUGCUAGGGUAGCUUCCAGCUUGUCUCUGCCCUGCUCUCGCUGCAGGAGGCCGUGCGGCCGCAAGGAAACCU